UGUCAUAAACAGGCUACGAGCUUUUUCGAGGAAUGUGACCAGAAUGUAAACAGUGCCCGGGUGCUAGCUAGCUAACGGUUGUCAACAUUAUUGGUCGCGUGUUUUGUUCCUUUUGUCGCAGAAUUGCUGAGUAAUGGCUUCAUAAUAAUAUACUCUUCGAGCUGAGAUGGCACUGUUGUUGUGAUUACUUUUUCGCCGUCUCCCGCUCCUUCGUCGUGUGAGUGCUGAUUCAUAUGCUAUCACCAUGACCAAGGAUAUCGUUGUUGGAGAUGAAUUACCAGACUGGGUGGGGGCCAAGGAGUUUUACCAGAAAUAUGACCCUAAAGAGGUGAUUGGCAGGGGUGUAAGCAGUGUGGUGCGCAGGUGUGUGCACAGACACACAGGUCAGGAGCUGGCAGUGAAGAUUAUUGAGAUCACAGCGGAGAAGAUGACAGUCCAGCAGCUGGAGGAGGUGAAAACCUCCACGCUGAAGGAGAUCCAAGUCCUCAACAUGGUGAAGGGACACUCCUCCAUCAUCACUCUCAUUGAUUCCUAUGAAUCCACAACCUUCAUAUUUUUGGUGUUUGACCUCAUGAGGAGGGGAGAGUUGUUUGACUACCUCACAGAAAAAGUUACUUUGAGUGAGAAAGAAACCAGGAGCAUGAUGCGAGCUCUGCUGGAGGCCGUGCAGUACCUCCACUCCCUCAACAUCGUCCACCGGGACUUAAAACCUGAGAAUAUUCUCCUUGAUGAUCAGGGACACAUCAAAUUGUCCGACUUUGGCUUCUCAGUGCAGCUACAACCUGGAGAGAAACUUAGAGAGCUUUGUGGGACGCCUGGUUAUUUAGCCCCUGAAAUACUGAAAUGUUCAAUGGAUGAAAUGCACACAGGCUAUGGCCAAGAGGUUGAUCUCUGGGCGUGCGGUGUGAUCCUUUUCACCUUACUGGCUGGCUCACCGCCGUUCUGGCACCGCAAGCAGAUGCUGAUGCUGAGGAUGAUCAUGGAGGGUCGCUAUCAGUUCAGCUCACCAGAGUGGGAUGACAGGUCUGACACUGUGAAAGAUCUGAUAUCCAGGCUGCUGGUGGUGGACCCGGCUGUCCGUCUCACUACUGAGCAGGCCUUGUCACAUCCCUUCUUCAGACUGUACCAGAAGGAGGAUGUGCGACUCUUCAGUCCCAGAAAGACAUUUAGGGUGCUGAUCGUCAGCGUGCUGGCUUGUAUCAGGAUGUACAGCCGUUACCGCAGGGCCCGGCCGCUGACUCGGGAGGUGCUGGCCAGAGAUCCUUACUCCCUCCGCGGCGUCCGCAAACUCAUCGACGGCUGUGCCUUCCGCAUCUACGGGCACUGGGUGAAGAAAGGGGAGCAGCAGAACCGAGCCGCCCUCUUUCAGAACACGGCUAAGAUCAUGCUGCUGGACCUGGAGGACUUUGAAACAUAAACGGUGAACCUCAUUCCUAACCACAAUGAUCUUUAUUUAAACAUCUGCAUGUGCUGUCCUGUCAGUGUCCUGUUGAAUUGCUGUGUUUCAUUUUAGGAUGAGGAAUUCAGGGACCGGGCGUUUGUUUGCCUUAAUGCGCACCAUGGUUCAGCAAGAUAAGCACGCACAUAUAUCUGCUCUUUGAUCAGUUUCUGGCUGUUUGAAACGCAUCAUGUUUGCAGUUCCACUUUGCAGUAGACCACUCAUCGCACAAUCAUUUAAUAUAAGACAUGAAAUAUAAGUACAUUCUGUGUAUUUAGGAUUUUACCUGUUGAUAGGUAAUAACUGAGGAGAGGUGUUUCUAAGCACUGUGUGGCUGUUAAAGCACUGUGAUUAAUAUAAUAGAUAAUCAUAUACAUAUAAUGUAACAGAUUUACUGAACAGUACCAGAAGAUGUGCAACAUUGAAGUACAGUAUUAACUGUUUUCUCAGUAUCCUAUAAGUGUAAUGCAUGCAGACAUUCCUCAAUAAGAAACCCACUUAUACUAACUGUGAAGACUUUUUGUCACUUGAUUUCCUCUUUAAAUUCACCAACACCAUUCCCUACUUACUUUAUUCCGAAUAUGUGGUACUUUUCCUGAAAGUGCCUCCAUCAGAAAUGCACAGUAAUUGUACAAAUGCAGAUAUACAUGUACUGUAUUUGAAAAAAAAGGUUUAUUGAAAAUAAAACUAAUGUUUAAGCUCUAA